AUGACACCCCUUCUUCGACCAAACCCACAUUUUUUAACAAUACCAAAACGGCUAGCCUCUCGUCAAGUGUUGGACAAUAACUACGUGAUACCGGAUGGCCGUGUUUUGAGGAUUCAACGUGCUGAACCAGAAGAUAAGGACGCUUUGUUCACUUUCUACCGCGACAAUUUUUCAGUUCAAGAGCCAAUCUCAAGGUAUUUGAAGAUAACAUUCGAGGAUCUGGAAGGAGCUUUUUAUGGUCCCAUCUUUGAUAUGGCAUUGAAACAAGGACUGAGUACGGCGGCGUACGAUGGCGACAAGUUGGUUGGGGUCUCGAUUGUCACUUUGAAUCCGGUGGAACAACGAACUCUACUGGUACCUCAAAAUGAGUUUGGAAUUGGUAAGUUUGGUUUUUUUGUAGUGAGGUAGGGUAAAGUAGGUUUUGUUUGAUGGUGGGAUAGGGCAUGAUGGGUUAAGUGUAGAGUAAGGUAAGGUGGUUUAAAGUAGGGUAAGGUAGAGUAGGGGAAAUUACAGUAUUUUAGGGUAGGGUAAGAUAGGAUACGGUAGGUUAGGGUAGGAUACGGUAGCGUAGGGUGGAGUAGAGUAAAGUAUGCUAUGGCAUUUGUAAAUAAAUUCACAUUCAGACGCCGAUAAAUACGCGAAACAACUAGGAACAUCAGUAAACGGUGGGAUAUUGUACUCGUUGUUGAUGCAUGGUGAAGCUAUAUCAGUGUCAUUGCUACCUGAAGAAAUUACUCACCUUGUUCGAGCUGAAGCUGGUAGUGUCAGUCCAGAUUAUAGGGGGUAAAUUUCAAAAAAAAAUUAUUUUUGAUAAUAAAAGGAGAUUUUAAUUUUUUUUGUUGAAAAAAAGUAGUUUUUAGACUUAAUACUAUGUAGAUAUAUGUAGAUGUAGAAUUAUAUUUUAGAUAUAACUUAUGAUUAUAGAGCUGAUGUGAGACGGAAAUUGGCCAUAGAAUCGGCUAAACUGGCGGCUUCUGAAGGGUACGAAGUGAUAGACACAUUGUGUUCAGCUACAGCUUCUACUAAAGUUAUGGGCGAUGUAAGUAGCAUACCGUUUUACUAUAGUAAUGUACAAUACUAUUGCGAUGGUACUGACAAAAAUUAUUUGUGGUACUAUACACUGAAAAUCGCCGUACUUUAAGAUUUAGGAUCAUAGUACGGUAGUACUGUAGAAAUUUUUAAACUUUAUUAUAUAGACUUUAAAAAUCUUUUUUUUGUACAUAUUUGCGGUUCUAGUACGAUGGUACUGAGAAAAAAGUAAAAAUAGUAGUACUAUAUAGCACGGAAACCUAAAAUACAGUACAAAUUUACCAAUACAGUACGAUGGUUUUUACUGCUAAGAAUUUCUACUAUGCAGACGUUAGCUUUUUUAGGACGAUACUAUUACAGUACGAUGUAAAAACAUACUCAAGGUAGAUUAGUAAUAGUACGACUAGAAAAUAUAUUGACAGAUAGUAUUAUAACUGUACGAUGCUAAUUCAAAUUACGACUUUUAGUGCGGCCUAGUGACAAGACAUAAAAUGGUGUACAAAGACAUGACGUACCACGGUAAACCCAUCUUCCCAACGCCUUUACAUGAUGAUAAUACUUCGAUGAAUGUUAUGCAAGGAUCGAUAAAAGACUUGUCUACGCUUGAAUGUCCUAAAGAAUCGACCAUUCAGAAGUACAAAAAGAGGAUGGCUAGGAAUUAG